CAUUACCAGCAUCUAAUAAUUUUAUCAGAUUAUGGGCGCUAUUUGUUCUUCUCUCGCAGUCAGUCACAGCUCUAUCGCCGUAUCGUAUCUUUCUUCUUCUUCCGCCACUUCUUUUUGGCACUACAGCCCCAACUUGAUACCCAAUAUCAUCGCCACUUUACCUACAUAUCGCGCCGGAUUUUCUCAUACCACCCUCCAAGUCGUCGGCUGCCGAAUGAUGAAACCUUCCUCCUCCUCUCCGCCCGUUUCAUUGGGAUUCAGUCAAUCAGGCGAAACCGAAGAAGUGCAAGAGGAGGUGGUUCUCAAACCCUUCCCAGCCUCUCUCAGCAUCUCUCCGGCGUUGCUGGAGAACUUGGUGUACGAUGCUUUGGUUUGGAGUUCGCUGAACGGGCUGGUUGUUGGGGAUAAAAGUGUUAAGAGAUCAGGAACUUCUCCUGGUGUUGGUAUGGUUCAUGCUCCAUUUGCUUUAUUGCCUAUGCCAAUUCAAGAAGGUUUUUGGAAACAAGCAUGUGAAUUAGCACCAAUUUUCAAUGAACUUGUGGAUCGUGUAAGCUUGGAUGGAAAAUUCUUACAAGAUUCCCUGUCCAGAACGAAGAAGGUUGAUGCUUUUACUAGUAGGCUUUUAGACAUUCAUUCAAAGAUGCUGGAGAUUAAUAAGAAGGAGGUUAUUCGUUUGGGCUUGCAUCGAUCGGACUAUAUGCUUGAUGCUGAAACUGCCCUACUCUACCAAAUAGAGCUCAACACCAUAUCAUCUUCAUUUGCAGGUCUUGGCUGUCUCGUUAGCAAUCUUCACAGACACUUGCUUAAUCAACAUGGUAAGGACCUUGGAUUAAAUCCAAAAAGAGUUCCUGGAAAUACAGCAGUCAGACAAUUUGCAGAAGCACUGGCCAAAGCUUGGAAUGAAUUCGACAAUAAAAGAGCUGUUGUUAUGUUCGUUGUGCAACCUGAAGAGCGCAAUAUGUAUGACCAGCAUUGGCUCUCAUUUCUGCUGAAGGAGAUACAUGGUGUAAAUACUAUACGCAAGACCUUGGCAGAAAUAGCUGGGGAAGGACAGCUGCUACUUGAUGGAUCACUAGCUAUAGGGGGCCAAAUUGUUGCAGUUGUGUAUUUUCGAGCUGGUUAUUCACCUAAUGAUUAUCCCUCAGAAUCAGAAUGGAAUGCUAGACUUAUGAUGGAGCGGUCCACCGCUAUCAAGUGCCCAUCAAUAUCUUACCAUCUGGUAGGAACAAAAAAGAUUCAGCAAGAACUUGCAAAACCCUUGGUACUUGAGAGGUUCCUUGAAGAUGAAGAUGCUGCAAAACUACGAAAAUGCUUUGCAGGCUUAUGGAGUUUGGAUGACUCGGAAGUUGUCAAGACUGCCAUUGAAAGACCUGAAUUAUUUGUGCUCAAGCCACAGAGAGAAGGCGGAGGAAAUAAUAUUUAUGGUGAUGACGUGAAAGAAAUGCUACUGAAGCUGCAAAAUGAGAAAAGUCAAGAGCAAGCGGCCUACAUUUUGAUGCAGAGGAUAUUUCCUACUGCUUCUCUUUCCUACCUAGUUAGGGAAGGAAUUUGUCACCAAAAUAAUGCCAUUUCAGAACUCGGCAUAUAUGGAGCCUAUCUAAGGAAUAAUGAUAAGGUGAUUAUGAAUGAUCAUUGUGGUUACCUGAUGCGAACAAAGGAUUCCUCUUCAAAUGAAGGUGGAGUGGCUACUGGGUUUGCAGUGUUGGAUAGUGUAUAUCUGACUUAAAAUUGUUUCUUCGGAGGACACCAGUUUUCCAUGACAUUCUACUCCAUCUGGAAAAGUUUGAUUCAUAUAGAAGAAAUAAGGUUCCUAGGCAUGUUAUUGUUAAGCUUCGUUUGGAACAGUUUUCUUACUGCUUCUUAAAGUAAUUUUUUAGUUAAAAAAUUUUAAUUUUUAAGCUAGAAAGCUGUUUAAGAAGCAAUAAAAAAGUCGUUUCAAACGUUCUUCCCUUAUAACUUGUUUAAAUUUAAAUUUUAGGACUAAUAUGCACCAUGGAUAGGAAGUUGGCGCACUGAAAGUUUGUUAUAUUGACGCACUUUGUGUUCUAAUUUAUCUAUUUAUAAUAACUAAGCUAUGAUUUCAGA